AUGCUGAGGUUUCUCCUGCUGAGUGCUUUUGUGGCACUGGUGCUCUCUGAGCCCAAGCCAGAGCCCCGUUAUGUGGAGGGAGUGGAGGAUAGGGUUGUGGGGGGUACAGUUGCCCAACCCCAUGCCUGGCCCUGGCAGAUCUCCCUUCAGUACCUGUCAGGUAGUUCCUACUACCACACAUGUGGAGGUUCUCUGGUCAGGAGAGGCUGGGUGAUGACAGCUGCCCACUGUGUGGACAGAACAAGGACUUGGCGAGUGGUUCUUGGCGAUCACAACAUCUAUGUGAGUGAGGGCACAGAGCAGGUGGUCGGUGUGAGCGGUGUCUACAUACACCCUAACUGGAACUCCAACAGCGUCGCCAAUGGGUAUGAUAUCGCUCUUCUCCGUCUGUCCUCCGAUGUCACCCUAAACUCCUACGUGCAGCUGGCUUCUCUGCCCCCAUCCGGUCAGAUCUUGCCCAACAACAACCCCUGCUACAUCACAGGCUGGGGCUACACCCAGAGUGGGGGUCAGCUGUCUGCCUCUUUGAAGCAGGCGUACCUGCCUCUGGUGGACUACAGCACCUGCUCCAGGAGUGACUGGUGGGGCAGCACUGUUAAGACCACUAUGGUCUGUGCAGGGGGCAGCAGUGACUCUGGCUGCCAGGGUGACUCCGGUGGUCCACUGAACUGUCAGGUCAACGGACGCUACUACGUCCAUGGCGUGACCAGCUUUGUGUCCUCCCUCGGCUGCAACACACUGAGGAAACCCACCGUUUUCACCCGAGUCUCGGCUUACAUCGGCUGGAUGGAAGGAAUUAUGGGUUAUUAAAACCAUGAGGUCAAGUGUCAUAAUGACACUCAACUGGAUACUUUCUCAUCAUUG